UCAUUUCAUUUUCAAAAAGUUACCACCACGUGCGGUAUCAAUUUGUGUAUAAUAAACUAAAUAUCAUAGAAAAAUGGGGAAAUUCAGGUCCAAAAUGAAGGGUCAGACGAAGGGAAAAAGGUGGCUGAAAGGCCAGUCCUCCAAUUCAAACCCCAAAACACAAAAAUACCGUGAAAUGGCAAAAUCUAGAUUUUUUCAGGAAAACUUGGGUAACACUGGUCUGACACAGCAAGCAGUGUCGAAGCACGAUGCUAUUAUGACCUACGGACACAGCACAGGCAAAGAGAAGUCCGUAGCCGAAAAUGAACUGACCAUCGCCAAAGAAUUUGAGAACAUGUCGGUUAGAUCUGGAGAUGAGGAGACAGAGACACAGUACUCCCAUGGUUCUAUGAAGUCUUUCAAGACGUUUCAGACAUUUGCAUCAGACUGGAGCCAGUGUUCCAAUAUUAGUUUCAAUAAGUUGCUGAACAAGUUUGACUCCAACAACGCUGUCCACAAGGAGAUGCUGGCGAUCCUCGCGGCCGUCACCGAGGUCAUCAAGGAGCAGGGUGGCAAGGAGACCACCACAGAGUACUUUGCUGCCUUGAUGGAGACCCUAAAAGCCACAGAAGGCGAGGAAGGCCUCACAGCAACACUGACGCUUCUCUCCAUGGGCAUAAAGUCUGUCCCACAAGCAGUGCUACGCAAACAGUUCUCCGACUCAGCGGCAGUAUUCACAGAUAUACUUGAGAAAUACGCUCAGUCCGAGAACGGGACGUUACUGAGAGGUGUUAUAGGUUGUAUCUCGAUACUGUUGAGAGAGCAGGAGUAUGCGGCGUGGGGCGACUCGUCCACGAUGAAGGUGUUCGAUGCGGUGCUUGCGUUCACACUGCACUCUAAGCCUAAGGUGCGCAAGGCGGCGCAGCACGCGGUGACGUCCAUCCUGCGCGGAAGCUGCUUCAUGAUCCCCUCGGAAGACAAAAAAGUCAAGGUGCCGAAACUCCACCCCGCGUCCAACCGUACCUCCGAGUUCUGUCUGUCCGUGCUGUCCCCCGGCGCGCUGCUGGCGGGCCCGCGCGCCGCGCUGCACACGCUCGCGCACUGCCGGGACCUGCUGCCCGCGUUCAGCAGGGAACACAUCAAGUCGCACUGCGAGGCGAUCCUGUCGCUGAUGACCCACAACAACGUGUACGUGAAGACGUGCUGUCUGCACACUUUACACGCUCUGCUAUCAGCUCCCAAAGAAAGCUCCAACCUCUGCGCCAGCGCGGCCGUGCAGCUGACCCGGGCGCUCCUGGCCGCGCGGCCCCCGGCUGAUGACGCGGCGCAGGUGUUGGCCUGGGCAGCCACUGUGCAGCAAGCUUACUGUUGUUUAGCUGGCCUGGACCUGAACCUGUGCCUCCCGAACCUGCCCACGUUCGUGAGCAUCUGCGUGUCGGAGCUGUGGCAGGCCGACGUCGCCGACAUCAACUCCGCUUCCACCAACGCCUUGAAGGCGGUUCUCCUAGACUGCGUGAAGCCGGCCCUGGCAGACCCGGUCGUCUUCAGCAAGCACAAACAACACAUCGAGACGGUGUUCAAGACUGUGGGGACAGGGCUGGAUAACCCCUUCAACCAGGCUGUGAAACAUGUUGUGUUGACUAUUGCUGUUUGUUUUGAGAUCGGCAACGAAAAGGUGGCAUACAUCCUCGGCCCCCUCCUCAAGAAGCUGAACGAACGCCGCGAGAGCCACAACUUCCACAACAAUAAAGAAGUUGAAUACGCCACGGGAUGCGCUAUCAAAUCCAUGGGCCCAGAGUUCGUCUUCACCGCAAUACCGAUACGAAGCGACCCAGACGCCAUCAACUUAGAACGAAGCUGGUUAUUACCAGUUAUGAAGGAAAAAAUCACAAAUGCUAACCUCAAAUUCUUCGCCACAGAGAUUUUGGAGCUGGCUACGUUUUGCAGGAAAAAAUCCCGUGAACUGGCACAAGAGAAUGAUAUGCCGGGCUCUCAUACGUACGAGUUAUUGUGUAAUCAGUUUUGGGCCUUACUGCCGAGUUUUUGCAAUAAUCCGCAAGAUAUAAAGGAUAAUUUUAAAGCGAUGGCGCGGGUUUUGGGUAAUGUGUUGAAGGACAACCCAGAGUUUAGGUUAUCCGUGAUGCAAGGCCUCCGGAAGCUGGUCUCCGCCGCCAUAGACAAGGAGGGGCAGGAGGACGUGGCAGAGUUAGCGCGGUUCGCCAAGAACUACCUGCCGAUACUGCUGAAUAUCUACAUGUCGCCGGCUAAGGGCAGCUCGGCGGAGGGGCAGAGGUUAGCUGCGUUGGAGACUAUUCAGGUAUACCUAAUAAUCAGCGACCAAAGCCUCCGAGAGGAGUUAUUCAGAAACUCCCUCCAACAACUAGAGACAUCUACCGACAACCACGCGCAACGAGAAUCCAUCUUAGACGUCCUACGACUACUAGUCCUAUACCAGUCUUGCGAGCAAAUCACAGACUUAUUCGACAAAUGGGUCUUUCCCCUAUGCGCUACAGUUUUAGAAGACCCUAAAAAGUUUAAGAAGACGAAGAAGGAAAAAGCAGAACAGACAGAGAAGAUAGAUGAGGAAGAUGUCCAAAAAACGCAGAUGAAAUUCAAGGAAAAGGCGAGGCUUCUUGAAAUGGAGCAUAAGAAAGCGUACAGGAUUCUGGAAGAGAUAUUUAAGAGUGACAAGGAGAGUUGUAAGCAGUUUUUGACGGAGAAUCACAAGAAGAUUAAGAAGCUGUUGGUUUCCAGCUUGAAUAAGGUCGCUGAUAGCAGUAAAGCUGCUCGUCUGAGGUGCAUAGAGUUGCUAAUCAACCGCACACCCACCCUGAACGCUGAGAGCAAGCUACUCAAGAGCGCUAUCGCAGAAUGCAUCGUCUGCACGCGCGACAUCAACUCCAAGUGUCGCCAGUGUGCAUACAACCUUAUAAACACUAUAGGGAAUGUGUUGAAGGAUCAGGAAGGUGGAAUGGACGCAUUCGUCACAAUGCUCCUCUCAGGGCUCGACGCCCCGCUCCCCCGCAUCGCCGCCGCCACCCUCAAGGCACUCGCGUCAGCCCUAUACACCUUCUCAGAGCAGAUGGGGCUGCCUAGAGUUCAGGGGUUGUUGGAGACUGUGGCGGAGAAGAUCACCACCAAUAAUAGGGAUUUGGUCAACUCUGGGAUGAGUUUCUUGAAGGUAUACACCAAAGUCCUCCCCACGGAGGUGCUGGCGGGCAGCCUGCCGCUCAUCUUCCGCUCCCUGUCCGGCAUGACGGACGACUGCAAGCGACACGCGCGCAUGGAGAUCGGAUACUUCCUGUCCAGGAUGAUCCGCAAGUACGGCGCGGACACGGUGGAGAAGCUGAUCCCGGCCACAGACGAGGUGAUGCUGAAGAGGCUCCGGAACAUCAGGAAGAUGGAGAACAGGAAGAAACGGCAGAAGGAGGGACAGAAAGAACAACAAUCAGACGCCGAGCCCGACACACCUAUCCGCGGCAGCAAGACCCUCGAGGACAUCCUCGCAGACAGCGACUCCGACCUCGACUAUAUGGAAGACGAGGAGCCGCGGCCCAAGAAGAAGGGCAAGACCCAGGCCUGGAUCCAGGACGACCCGGAGAAUAUUGUGGACUUGGCUGACGUGUCGGCUAGUAGGAAGAUUACAGCAACGAACCCGCAACACAAGAAGAAGGCGCUCGAAGUGCAAUCUCAGAAGAAGAAGGACGGCGGGUUCCGCACCGCCGCCGACGGACGCCUGAUCAUCGCGGACGACGGUGAUGAUGAUGAUGAUGAUGACGAGCCCCGGCCCAGUGGGGACGUGGACAGUGAUACAGAUGAUACAGACAAAGAAGACAACGCGCCCCCCUCGGCCCUCCUCAAGCCGGGCUCCAAGCGGCGCUUCGAGGACAUCCUGAGCAUCAAGAGCGGGCGCUCCGGCCGCAGCCGCGCCUCCACCGCCGCCGCCCCGAGCUACAAGGCCGGCGGGAAGGGCAUUCAUAGACCGCUCGGCUCAGCCGCGUCCGUGGCCUCCACGGCCGGCACCGACUACCGUUCCAAGAAGGCGAAGGGCGACGUGAAGAAGAAGGGCAAGCACGACCCCUACGCCUACCUGCCGCUGUCCCGGAAGAACCUUAACAAGAGAACUAAAGCUACAAACGCUCAGCAGUUCAAGGGAGUGGUGAAGUCUAAGAACAAGAGAUCCAACGUGAAAGCAGGGAAGAGGAAGUAGACUAGUCGUUUUAGGAAACCAUGUUAAAACUAUGUAUUGUAUUUAAGACGAGAUGAUAUUGAAAUAAAGUCUUUAUGAAUUA